CUCCACGGCCAUUUCCGGUACUUCGUCGCGCGGACAGACGCUCCGUGAAUGUUGCGUGGCUUCCGAGGCCGAUUUUUCGUUCGAGAUCCGCGUGUGUGAGCGUGACGCUCGGACGGCGUGAUCGGUGUCAUCGUGCGUGAAGGUGCGGGCGUAGGCGGACGUAAUGCACGACCGUUUGUGGACGCGUCGCGCGACAAGCCCAGCGACGAUCACGGAAUUGUGUAAAUAGCGCGUAGUGGUCAUUUGCGCACGUCCGGUGCGCAUCCGCGGGCCAGAUGAGCGCGGGAUCACGGCGGGCCGACGCGAGGAGACUGUAGCGUGUGGGUGAAGGAGGGGAGGAGAGAGCAAGAGAGAGAGAGAGAGAGAGAGAAAAAGAGUGAGACAGAUUGACUGCCUGUGUGGUGCUUCUUUGUGAUAGCCAGCGGAUCUAUUUUGACGCGCGGUGCACUUUAGUGAACGUGCGACACGAUAAUUGACGACGAGGAACGACGCACGAUAUUGUGUUGAUUAGCGCGAAAAGAGCGGCGUUUACGAGAAGUAGACUGCAGCCUCGUUUCGGCGAUUGAGUCGCCGUGAUGGACGGCGCGAACGUGAAUGGCGGGAACGCCGAAGUAUCGCGCGAGGAUUCUAACCUCGAAAGCGGCGACGGUGGUGAUACUGCCGUGCCAAUGGAGGAAUCGCCGAGCAGCAAAGCAGUGGCCGGUGACGCGGACAGUAACGCGCAAGAGGUUAACGGCGAUCUGAAAGGCUCGCCCAAGAAACACGGUUCGCCCUUUCCGCGCAGGAAGAUGAAAAAGCUCAAGGCCAACUCCACGAGCACCAUCGAGAGCGACGCGACGGAGCCGCUCGGAACGAGGGGACGUAAACGUAAAUUCUCGGAACUCGAGGACGUCAGCUCCGAGGACUCGGAGUUCAACGGCUUCGAUUCGAAGGGGCUCGAAUUGCAACCGGGUAGUCACGUUCUGAAGAAACUCAUUGCUGAAGCUGAAAUGGCAGAAGUCCAACUUGUAAAACGUGUGAGAUAUUCAAGAAGGAGCUUUGACAUUAGAGGAAAAAGAGAAGACGAUCAAGAUUCUGACGAUAUGAAAACCUAUAUUUACGAGACAGAUAGUAUGGAACAUUUGAGUAUAGGAAAGAUUAAAAAGGAAAAGGAGUCUGACAAAUCAGAAACAGAUUCCAUUGAUAUACCAAAUAGCAUAGAUUCUGAAGUGGAACCAAACAAAAUUGAAAUAACUUCCAUUAGAUCAGCAAAUUCGUCAUCAGCUGCAAGUAGUCCAUCUGCGAUAUCACAAAAAUCAAAAAGUAGUCGCGUUUCUCGUGGCGCCAGUCCAGGAGGAAGGCAAAAAGCUCCUGUUGAUAUGUCAAAUCCAUUAUACAAAGAGCCAUUUAAAUAUGGAUGGAAGCGAGAGCUAGUAUUUAGAGCUAGUAAUGAUUCCUCUUUUAAAAGAAUGGCUGAUAUCUAUUAUUAUACACCAAAGGGUAAAAAAGUCAGGAGUUUUAGAGAGGUUGCAGAAUGUCUUAGUUCAAAGGAAUUGACCAUUGACAACUUUACAUUCUUCAAAGAACCUGUUGGGCUUAAUGAUCCUGAAAAGGAGAUUGUUCGACACGCUAAAAGAAUAGGAAGCUCAGGAGGAUCUACGAUGGGAAGAAAAUCUUUUGGUAAUAAGAAAGCCUCACCAACGAAAAAGCCAGUACAAGAACCUGUAGUAAAAAAAACAGUACAGGAACCUACAACAAGAAAGUCAUUACAGGAAACUGCAACAAGGAAGUCAGUACAGGAGUCUCCUGCCCCUGUUCCUGCACCUGUUGCAGAAGUUUCAAAACCCGUUCCUGCACCUGUUCCAGUGUCUACAAAAGCUACCCCCAAAUCAACAAAAGCAUCAGCCUCUCCGGCAUAUAAGACAAAAGCAACUGCAAAGAAAACUCCUCAAAUAAAAAUGAAACCAUCAGUUGAAGAAAGUGAGAUGCUUCCACCUCAACGAAGUAUUGCAAAUACAAGACGAAGUCAGCAAGUAGCCGAGAAGGUUACUUCUGUUAAAACUAAAAGAUUGCUAACGCCCAAAGUUCAAGAGCCAUGCAGCAUAAGAUGUUCGACAAGUAUGGGAUUAAUACCAAGCUUACAAUGUCGAGUCUGUCUCUGUUUAUAUCAUCCUGAAUGUGUCGAUGGCAUGGAAUUUGCAGGCAGUGACGAAUAUGUCUGUAAGAAUUGUCAGCCAGAUACUAAAGAAUCUCAUACACCAAACAAUCCAUCUUUGACACCACCUCCAUUGAUUCCAAUUAGUAUGUUGGGUGCACAAAAUGCAAAAUCGAAACAUCAAUCUAAUUCAUCUCCUCCGAAAUUGCAAAGAAUUCCGAAAUCUGAUAAUACGGACGCGCAAACGAGAAAUUUUUCGAAAAUUACCAAAAUACCGUCUGCAAACUCGUCACCAUCAAACAUAGACAAAAAGGAAGGCACUUGGUUCCCUCAAACGGAAAAUGAAUUUUUGCAAAGUUACGAUGGUACUAUGCCGAAACCGGCUCAAAAUAUCGCUUUAAUGGGUGGUAAAAGAUAUAUUGUAGUACCGAAAAAUAAUGCAAUGGCAGUUCAACCAGCUAUAACAGUGAGACCGGAUAAGAUUGGCGAUAAACCGCCAAUGCUUCAAGAUGGUUCACUUACUGAUAUUUCGAAUACUGUGGACAAUUCUGUUACAAAAUUACGUGCACCUCCACCUAAACACUUAGAUAUCGAUCUACCGGAAAAAAUAAAUGUUACAUCUGAUAAAGAAAUUUCAAAAGAUAUGGCACAUCUGAUAGAUCCUGCAUCUUCAGUUACCACUGAAAUAACUGAGGAAUUAGAUAAUAAAAAUAAUAAGGAUAGUAAAGAUAUUCCUAAAAGAGAUAAGUCAGUUGAGAAAAUAUUUGAAAAUAAAUCUUCCACUGCUGACACAGAUUAUGUGCCUGACAAGAAAAAAGCAGAUAUAGAUCGUAAAUUGUCUGAAAAUAAACCUGCAUGUACACCAGUACAUACAACAGAUACUGCAGACGCUCUUGAAACAAACGCUGAACCAAUUAAAGCAGCUCGUCGACAAUCGUUAUCAAGUAAAGCGGGUACAGUAACAAAAAUUAAAAAUAGCAAGAGGAAGCAAAAUCAGGACAUGGAACAGCAGCAAAAUUUCAUGAGUUCAGUUUGUGCCGGCUAUCACGCUCUGCUUCGUAUUUUCCAAUAUCUUAAAGUGCAAGAACUACUGCGGGCCGGGCGAGUUUGCAAGAUGUGGCAUGAUCUAGCGGCUCAUCCAUCUCUAUGGAAGACAGUACGUAUGAAGAAUAGCCAGGUGACUGAUUGGGACGGUCUGGCGGAAACAUUACAGAGACGCGGUACGCAACACCUAGAUCUUAGAAAAAUGUUAGUCUCUGGCGAAUCUGAUAACAUUUGGAGGAAGUUUUUGACUAUUGUACCGCGAGUGACCAGUCUCGUCAAGCUUGAGUUAUGCAGAUGUCCCGUCAUGGUGGUCGAAGAAGUUAUUAAGAGUUGUCCUCAGUUGGAGGUACUGAGUGCAAUGUCGAUUAAGUGUGAUUCUCUCAACUUGGAAUCGAUUGGAAACCUAGGUCGAUGCCAAGAACUCAGACUCAAAGCAAUAAGUGGAAUGUCAUUGCAACAAGAUCUUACAUCUCUACAAAACUUGAUACACUUGACGCAACUGAGUUUGACAUCAGUUAAAGAACUUGGAAAGAAGAAAAUUGAUGUUAUACAGGUAUUAAUAAAUCUGGAAACGUUAGAAUUGGGCGAAUGUUCUGACUUUCCCGACAAGUUUGGAACUAAUGUUUUAAUUAAAUUAAAUAAAUUGGAACGUCUUAGACUUGAAAAGGGUCAAGGAUCCUGUUGUACAUUUGAUAUCCUUGAAGGCGUAUCAAAAUUGGAAAAUCUCUGUCAGAUGGAGUUGGUUAAUUUUGAUGUGAAAAAUGGAUUUGACAAAUGUCUUGCUAAUUGCAAGAAUAUCAAGAGGUUACUAAUUAUACCAACUUACAUAUCUCAAUCAGCAACAUCUAAUAACAUGGUGCUCGGAGGUGUCACGGAAUUGUCAAACAAUUUGACACAUUUCAUAUGGGGUGUUACCCUUGAAUUACUCAGGGUUACAGAACUGUUUGUUGAUCAGUGCAAUCUUAUGAGUAAACAAGUUACUGGAGAUUCUAUACCAGUUUUAAAACCUGUCCCCUGCUUACGAUUGAUUGCGGAUGUCGAAGACGAAAACGAGAAUCAAAAAGGAGACGACAAGCAACAGCCGCAACUGGCGAGUCCGCAAGUCGAUAUUUUACCAUUGCCACAACUACAAAAGCUUCUCUUAACCGCGUUGCCCAAGACACGAGUUAAAAUCUUGAAAAUUCCCUUCCACGCCACAUGGCGGCAAAGCAUUUUAGAUACCGCGGCGCAAUAGAAGUGGACGCGAUGAUACGAAAAGUCGGAUGAAGCGAACAGACGUUAAAGCGACACAUGUGCGAAGUUCGGGAAUUUUGUAAAAUUAACUCUAUACAGUGUCUGUGCUCCAAUAAUUGCGAAUUUUUGGAUGGAAAGUAACUUAUAUAUUUAUGUACCAUGAGUUUUAUAGAAUCUUCAACGAUUAAUAACCCUUUACAACGUAUCGGUACACACUGUACAGCGAUGAAAGCCAUUGUGGUAUAUUUAAUGCUUUUGUGAUAAAUACGCGGGACCAUGUAUGCGUAUCAGACGCGUCCAUCUUUGCUACGAAGUAAACAUGAUAUGACAUGCUCUACUAUCCUUGUGUGGGUUAAUUUAAUCAAAUAAAAUUUUGACUUUUAUAUAUUACAAUUUUACUGUUUCGUGUACGAAAGAAAGAAGAAAUGGUAUAGAUCUGUACCUUAUCUGAAUUGCUGUGAUGUGUACCUGCGUUGAAAGUAAGUAAUCCGACAAGAUUACAUAGUAUGUGAACGUUAUAGAUUCUUAUGUGGUAAGAAAUUAACACAAAACUGCACUGUAUGUUUAUCUGUAAGAAAAAGAAUGUCAGGAGUGAAAUGAAUCGUUUCUUCAAUGCUCGUUGAUGCAUUAGACCUUCUUUCUUUUUUUUCUUUUCAGGAUACCUGCGGCAUGGUAUUCAGAGUCGAAAGAUUAAUUAGAUUUAUAAUUUUACAGUAUAUAACAUCCAGUUUCGAUUGGAGUAACAGAAAGUGUAAAAUCGUGUGGUCUAUAUAUAUGGCUCUAUUUAGACGUUAAACUGUAAAAAUUAUUAUAUACAUAAAUAUAAUAUGUGACUGUAUCUGUAUCUUUAGUAUAUAUUUAGGAUACGAGUUUUCCGCUGCAAAGAAACUAUGGCAAAACUUUGGGGUAGUAUCGUGUAGAAUGUGUAAUAUACUUAUUAUUUUAUUGCACAUACAAACGCAUAAUCAAAUAUAACGUUAUGUACCAAGUACAAAAUGCGUAUAAUUGUAAGUUUUCAAUAAUGACUGUGUCUAUAUUCCUUUUAAUGAGGCACAAUUUGUUUCUUUACUUCUAGGACCCUGAGACAUUAUCUCCUGCAAAAAAUACAUUAGAGGAAUAGAGAUUUAUAUUUUAUACUAUGAGAUAAGAGAAAAAACAAUGUUAGAGAUAUGCUAAAUUUAAGUUUUAAGUAAUAUAAAUUGGACACAUUAAAAUUGUUUUAAAUAAUGUUACUGAAAUUUAUUUGGUGGAUAAACCCCACACAGUAGCAUACACUCAUAAGUUUCCGCAUCAUAACAUUUUGUUUGUCUAGAUUUUAUUAUACAUAUUUUAGCAUAUAUAUAUAUAUAUAUAUAUAUAUUUCAUCAUUUAUAUUUCAUAAACUGCUUAUAGAAGCUACUUUUUACUUUGCAGCGUGAAAAUUCAUAUAUUUGCUAUGUUUUAUUGUACUAUGUUUUGUUAUACAUAAGAAUUCGAUAAUUUAUCAAGCGGAUUUUAUAUUUCCGAUUAACAAAUUUUUUAUAUGUAUAACAAAAGAUCUUACGUGAAUAUACCUUGUGAACGAUGGAUGUUUAACGACACGCACAUCUCGAUCUGCUGUGAGCAUAUUAUCUUUUGCUUUAUUUUUUUUUUUUUUUAUUGAAAUAAAUGUUGAACGAUUGGAGAUAUAUAUACAUAGUUUAUAAAAUAUUUCAAUAGACAGACAUGUAGUACACAUGUUUGCAACACAUUGCACAAUUUUCUUUUUUAUAGAUCAGUUAUAUGUUUAAUAACGUUCACAGUAUCAUCUUUUUAUAGUUGUUUGUUUUACAGUUGUUAUUUCUAAUGUAACUUUAAGCCGAGGAAGAACAA